CAAUAUUAGGUUACUCGUGCAAGCUGGGGCGGGUUGUGGGUAGCAUUUUGAAAAAAUUCUGGAUACCCGCCCUGCCCCUCAAUAACCCUAAAUCUAAAAACCUAAUACCCACAAACAAUAACCCAUCUCUUUCUUCAAGCCACCUCUUCUUCUUCUUUCAUUUUCUUCUUUCAUCUAUCUUUUCUCUUUCUCUCUCUCUUUUGCGCAACUUCUUCUUUCUUCUUUCCUCUUUCUCUCUCUCCUUUGUGCAGUUGCCCCUCUCUCUCUCCAUGCUCUGCGCCUCCCUGUCUCUCUCACUCACUCUCUCUCAUAUGUGGCUCUCUUUUGUGGAACCUGGUGAUGCCCAUACUCGCAUAAUUGGCCCAAACCCGCACCAUCCGCCCCACUCCGCUCCGACCCGCCCGCCCUACACAACUCGAAACCCGACGAAUAUUGUUAAUUAUUAUCAGCCGGGUUGCGGGUCUAAUUUUUAAUACCUGCAAUCUGCGGGUCAGAUACCAUAAUACCCAAUACCCGAUCUGAUCCGACCUGUGCCCAAAAGUGACAGUUAGCGUGUGUGGUCUACAUUUACUUCUCCUCCACUUCGUAUAUAUCAGCACCAACAACAACUACAGAAAAGUUGGUUCCCAAGCAAUUCUAGAACUCUCUUUCUCUGAAAAGCAAUGGAAUGUUGUUCUAUCCCAAUAUCGUCGUCUUUGUCUUCCUCUGUUCUCAACCUUCAGGGCUCUUCAUCACCAUAUGAUAGAAAAUUUUCGAACAAAUCUUUGCAUCCUUGGUUACCGUCCUCUCCGCUUCCUAAACCGUUUCUUCAACUUAAUGACAGACCACAGUCGUUUGUUUCCCGAAAAAGCUUAGCUUCUCUCUCUUCAAGAACAAAGAGCAGAUCCAUAUCAGCAGAAGCUGCUAAGCAGAGUUGGGACUUCGGUAGAUUUUUGAAAACUAUAUAUUUUUUCAAUGGACCCCCAUCUCCUGCUAAGUUCUUUGAAUUUCUGAUUGAGAAACUAUCCAGUCCAUCACCUAGUAAACCAGAAAAGGCCAUGGAUACUUCCGGUAUUAUCCUGGUAGCUGGAGCUACUGGCGGUGUGGGUAGAAGAGUAGUUGAUAUCUUACAGAAGAAAGGAUUUCCAGUCCGAGUAUUGGUCAGAAAUGAAGAGAAGGCAAGAAGGAUGUUGGGCCCAGAUAUUGACUUGAUUGUUGGAGACAUUACUAAGGAGAGCACUCUGGUCCCUGAGUAUUUCAAAGGAGUGAGGAAAGUUAUUAAUGCCGUCUCGGUCAUUGUUGGGCCAAAGGAAGGAGACACUCCUGACAGGGCAAAAUACAGCCAAGGAAUCAAGUUCUUUGAACCGGAGAUAAAAGGUGAUUCUCCUGAAAUGGUGGAAUACAUUGGGAUGAAAAAUUUAAUCAAUGCUGUAAAAGGGAGUGUCGGACUUCGAAAGGGAAAACUACUAUUUGGAUUUGAAGAUAAUAAUUUGAGAGAACUCACUUGGGGUGCUCUAGAUGAUGUUGUAAUGGGAGGAGUUAGUGAAAGCACAUUUCAGAUUGAUUUAACAGGCAGCGAAGUUGGUGGACCAACUGGGGUCUUCAAAGGUGUUGUUUCCACUGCAAACAAUGGUGGCUUUACUAGUAUCAGAACAAAGAAUUUCUCAGUCCCAGAGGAUGUUUCUGCAUAUGAGGGCUUGGAGCUUCGCCUUAAAGGUGAUGGUCGCAGGUAUAAACUUAUCAUUCGCACUAGCCGCAAUUGGGACACUGUUGGUUAUACAGCAAGCUUCGACACCGUAGCAGACCAAUGGCAGUCAAUACGCUUGCCAUUUUCUUCUUUAAGGCCUAUAUUUCGAGCGCGAACUGUAUCAGAUGCCCCACCUUUUGACCCAACCAGUGUUAUAUCAUUGCAGCUCAUGUUCAGCAAGUUUGAGUAUGAUGGGAAAUUGAAUCCAACUUUUGUGGAAGGUGCAUUUCAGCUUCCAUUAUCAAGCAUUCGGACGUAUAUAAAGGAUCCCAUAUGUUCUAGGUUUGUACAUGUGAGUUCAGCAGGAGUUACGCGACCUGAAAGGCCUGGACUUGAUCUGAGUAAACAACCUCCUGCUGUCCGCUUAAACAAGGAAUUGGGUUUUAUUCUCACAUUCAAGUUGAAGGGGGAGGAUGAAUUACGUGAAAGUGGAAUGCCAUAUGCAAUCGUUAGGCCAUGUGCAUUAACUGAGGAGCCUGCUGGAGCAGAUCUCAUUUUUGACCAGGGAGACAAUAUAACAGGUAAGAUCUCAAGAGAAGAGGUUGCUCGUAUAUGUGUUGCUGCUUUGGAAAGCACAUAUGCUUGUGAUAAGACGUUUGAGGUUAAAAGUGUGAUUCCAUUUAGUGAGCCUUUCACAGUGGACCCUGAAAACCCGCCUCCGGAGAAGGACUACGAUGUAUACUUCAAAACUUUAAAGGAGGGCAUUACAGGAAAAGAAAUCCUGGAACAAAGUCCUGUUCCAGUCUGAUGCUAAAGCAAGAUGUAUACAUCCCUAGGGAGAAAGCGGAGGAGAGGUUUCUAAAGAAACAUUUAUAUAAGCAUGUAAAGGAAAUAUAAUGUUCUUGAGCUUUGCAUUCAAUUGAUGUCUAUGUAUAGAUGAAUCAUGUAAGAGGAUAGUUGAAAAUAACGACUCACAUAAAAAAGGGUUAACGAUUAUACAUUUUCUUUUCAUGUUUGUAUAGUUAUGCUUAUUGAGAAAAAUAAAUGGAAGUGAACACGUUUACCACUCAC